AUGUCUAAAAGAGUUAUUGUAACUGACAUCUCCGAAAAAGCUUCAGAAAAAACUGUCAAAGACUUCUUUUUAUUUUGCGGCAAAAUUAAAGAAUUUGAGCUUAUAAAGGAAGAAAGCAGCGAUAAACAAAUCGCUUAUGUCAUGUUCGAAAAAGACACCGCCGCUAAAACAGCGCUCAUGCUCACAAAUGCAGUCAUUUGCGAUAGUCAAAUUACGGUAAAAUCUGCUGAUGAUGCGUCGUUUGGCGAUGAUCCAGAAGAAACAUUCCCACAAGGACAGGAAGAUAAACCAAAAGCCAUGAUCUUCGCAGAAAUUUUAGCUGCUGGAUAUACAUUACAAGACGCUAUCCUUGAAAAGGGCAUUGAAUUCGAUACUAAAUAUGGUGUCAGCAAUGUUCUUAAACAGUACUUGGCUCAAAUUCAAGCCAAUCGUACGUUUGAUUUUGUUAAAAAUUUAGAUCAAAAAUUUUCAGUUUCAGAGACCGUGUCAACCCGCGCAACUAACAUUAACAAUAAAUAUUCGGUUUUAGAUGGUGCUAAAUAUGUAAUUAACCAAGCCCAAGACAAAGCACACCACUUUCUUGAUACACCCACCGGAAAAUUGAUUGUCGAUUAUCUUUGCCUUUCACAACAAAAGGUUGCCGACGUUCAAACUUUGGCGAGAAGAAUCGCCGAUGAGAAGAAGAACGAUCGAAACUUCAACCCUGUCCCUUCUCAUUCACAUCCAGAUGUUCAAGCUUCUAAUCCACCAAUCUCUGCUCAAUAA